AUGAUCCGCGGCCGGGCCCAAAGGAGUCAAGUGGGACCCGUGGGAUUCACUCGGGCAUCUUUCACCGUUCUUGACCUUCAAUCGUAUCUCAGUGUGCAAUUGAUUGGAUUCGAAUUUAUAAAGACACGACCAAAGUCUACGAAAAUGGCGACUUUCUUCCAAAGCGUUCGCCAAGGGUUCGGCAGGGGAGGAAACAACAAAAACCAACCCCCCAAGAAUCCCGCGCAAGCACCGCAAGACCCUCGUUCCGGCACUAUGUCCAACUCGCCUUCGUUGUCCAACAGCUUAACUAUUGAUAACCUCGCCGCGAAUGAUCCCGAUGCCCCUAAGUACUUCUUCCAGGAGAAGUACGCUCCGCUCAACGUCAGGGGUAACUUCUUGACACUAUGUGCUUGCCCUAAGAAUGUCGAGCUGGGCGAAUGGCUAGCUCACCAGAUUGUUGAACAAUAUCGCCUACUCCACGGUAUGCUCCAGGUUAUUCAGGAGGUGAACAGUGUGAACGGAAUGCCCAUUUGCAAUGAGGGUACCUGCCCGACAAUGUCUGCUGGACGACUGACCUACACCUGGCUCGUGGAUGGCCGUGCCGCUAAGAUCUCGGCCCCGAAGUUCAUCAACCGCGUUGAGAAGUGGAUUGUCAGCAAGAUCCACGACCCGGUCAUGUUCCCCACCGAGAAAGUGAACGGUACCCCCGAAACCUCCUCCAUCAGGGAUGCAGCGACCGCCUCAGCCACCCCCACCGCAGAAGGUGCCAACCCCGGGACAAAUGGCAACGGCCCUGAAGAAUGGAUUGGCAAGUCAAGCGGUUUCCCCCAGACCUUUUACAAGGACUGCCAGGGCAUCAUGAAGCAGAUGUUCCGCUGCUACGCGCAUCUGUACCAUGCGCACUGGUUGAACCCGUUCUGGCACAUCAACAAGCAUGACAUCUUGAACAUGUGCUUUGUGCACUUUGUGACCGUGGCCAAGUACUACCAGCUGGUGUCGGACAAGGAGAUGGAGCCUAUGCAGCCCUUGAUCGACCUUUUCAUUAAGCAGCAGCGGGUGCCUCCGGAGGCACUCAAUGGCGGCCACUGGGCUCAGGCCUCGACCUAG